AUGGGGAAGCAACUGGACGUUGCAGCAAGUAGAGUUAGUGGAUAUCAAAAAAUACCAUCACAUAUUAGUGUUGAAGUGGAGAUAGAGUCACCUCGAAAAAGAAAUGCUCAUCAAGAUGAACUCGAUCAGCCGGGAAUCAAAUAUUUGGCAGAGUUGCUGAAAUCAAACAAUCAACAUAUAGGUGUUGAGUAUCGGCGCAUCAUUGAAGACCAGACAUUGCCAUUGAUGCAUUGGACAAGCAGAACACACAUUGAGGAAUUGGAAGAGAAGGGAUGUCUUGUUUUGUACGAUGUGGAUGUGUAUACCAUGAAUAAGCAUCCUGAUCUCAAGGAUAUCAAGUUUGAUGUUAUAGUUUUCAACUUCCCACACGCAGGCCAUUACUCUUGGUUAUGUGAAAGAGACGCGAUCCUUAUUGAAAAGCACAAAAAUUUGGUGAGUGCAUACUUCAAAACUGCAAAACAAUUGCUGCAAGGAGGAGGAGAAAUUCAUGUCACAACAAGGGAUGACGAGCCUUACAACACAUGGGAGGUUGAGAAGCUUGCAAUAAACGAGGGUUUUAAGCCUGAAAGAGAAGGUUGA